AUGUCAAAUUCAUCAGGAGGACACGCUAUCUGCAAGGCCAAACCCCCAAAGCCAGGAGCUAAACUGGUACUUCCUUCCAAACCAGAUCUCAGUCUCCUGAAGUCCAUGAAAAAGUCAUUGCCAGAAAAUUUGCGAUCAGAUGAUGAUGUGGAAAACAAGGGUCAUAAGUUUCUCAACAACUCAGAAGAAUUAUCCAUAGAAAAGAACAUUACCAGUAGAGAUGUGUUAGAAAACCAAGAUGGAGUCCAUGUGCUGCGUGGUGCUAGAGACAAGCUAAAACCUUCUCAGAUGUCAGUAGGAAUGUUAGGCAAUGGACUAGCUCAAACCAAGUGUGCUCAUACAGCUGUAGAAGUGGCUGACCAGACACAAAGAUCUGUCUCUCAAUGUUCUUCAAAUGAAGUGACAAGUUUUGCAGAAACAGGUGUCUGUUCAUUGUAUGAAGAAGAAGCAGACAGAGAAGUUGCAUUGUUGAUGGGUGGGAAUGGAUUAAAUACUAUCGCCCAGCCAAAGUUUCACUGGACUGGAAACAACCAGAUGAGUGGAGACCCUCAGACUUGGCUUCGGACAGAAAACUUGCUUCCAUAUCAGACAGUUGAGAAGCAAACCAGGUGGACGGUCUAUGAUGAUGAUGGACGAGCUAGGACUCAAAGCAGCAGGGGACACUGGGAAUCAGAAAAUCCGACCCAAGAGUUGCUUGAGACUCAGCUAAUUAGCAAACAAGUUUUGAUGCCUGACAAUAAAAUAACAGUCAAAUUGGAUGAGGUAGAAGAUCUUACAUACCUAGAAGAUGUGUCUGAGAGCUCUGUGCUAUUGAAUCUGAAGAAGAGGUUUGACCGUGACUGUAUUUAUACCUACAUUGGAAACAUCCUACUGUCCAUCAAUCCCUUCAAGUCGCUCACCAUUUUCUCUGAGGAAAUGAGGCAGAAAUAUGAGGGCAAGGAGCAAAAUAACAACCCACCCCAUGUGUAUGCCAUAGCUGACUCCACCUUCCGGCUAUCCCAGUCCUCAACACAAGACCAAUGCAUCAUUUUGAGUGGACAGAGUGGUUCUGGAAAGACUGAAGCUAUGAAGCAUAUAGUCCAUUACCUCAGCUCAAUGUGUCAGGACGGAAAUGGCAAUCUAAGACAGCCGAUGGAAGUCUUUCCCAUCUUGGAAAGCUUUGGGAAUGCCAAGACCAUCCUGAACAACAAUUCCAGCCGAUUUGGCAAGUAUCUUCACAUUCACAUACUCCAUGGAGUUGUUGUAGGAUCCUCACUGUCUCACUAUCUCUUGGAGAAGUCCCGGGUUGUCUUUCAGGCCAAAAAGGAGAGGAACUAUCAUGUGUUCUAUGAACUGCUGGAAGGUAUGAACGACUGGGACAAAGAGAAGCUGUACUUGCAGGGGCCUGAGACUUAUUACUACCUAAAUCAAGGUGGUGCCUGUGCUUUGAAAACAAAAAAGGAAAAACAAGACUUUCAACUUUUGCUUAAAUGUUUGGAGACUAUUGGCCUACAUGCAAAUCAAAUCUCCAACAUCUGGGCCAUCCUCUCCUCUAUUCUGCAUCUUGGUAACAUCUGUUUUAGCUCAUAUGAGAGUGAGUCAUUUGAGGUGGCUCGUAUCUUUAGUGAGGCAGAGGCCAGAAGGGUUGGGGCCUUGUUGCAGGUUUCUUGUGAGACCCUUCAAACAGUAAUUACUCACAAAGUCACAGAAACCAGCUAUGAUCGCAUCUACUGCCCCCUGUCUGUGGAAAGUGCCAUAGAAUCAAGGAAUGCAAUUGCCAAAGCUUUGUAUUCAGUGUUGUUUGACUGGUUGUUGGAGAAAAUUAAUGACUGGCUAAGCCCAACAGAGAUGGACAGCACUGUUGGUGUCGUAGACAUUUAUGGCUUUGAGGAUCUUGAAGUGAACAGCUUUGAGCAACUGUGUAUCAACUUUGCCAAUGAGCAGUUGCAGAAUUUUCUCAACAAAACUCUACUUUCUCAGGAACAGGAGGAGUACAGUAAAGAGCAGAUUCCUUGGCAUCCCGUGCAAUUUGAGAACUUUCACUCCUGUAUGGAAUUGAUCUCCUCCAGACCACAUGGCAUCCUCCGUAUAUUGGACGAUCAAACAUGCAUCCCACAGGCUACUGACCACACCUUUCUUCAGAAAUGCCAUUACCACCAUGCAACCAACCCCUUCUAUAUCAAACCCAAGAACCCAAUACCGGUCUUCACUAUUCAUCACUACGCAGGACCUGUCACAUAUCAGGUCCAGAAUUUCCUCAAUAAGAAUCAAGACCAGUUCAGGACAGAAAUUGUAGAGCUUUUUGCAAGAAGCCAGAUAAAGAUGAUUUCUGAAUUGUUCCAGAAGCUUCAAGAUAGGUACAUCCAACAGAAGGAACUGUGUUGGAAGAUGAAGCAUCUUCGUCAGCCACCCCCAACUGCUGCUUCACACUUCCUUCAGUCCCUCACUGAACUCACCACCCGUAUGGGAAGGAGCAACACAACCAUCAUCUGUUGUCUGAAGCCAAAUUUUGUGAAGCGUCCUGGGAUCUUUGAUAUAGACUAUAUGUCUCUUCAGCUGAGACACUCGGGCAUACUGGAGACAAUUCACAUCCGAAAAGAAGGUUUCCCUGUCAGGAUUCAGUACUCAUGCUUCAUUCAGAGGUAUGGAUUUCUACUGACCCAACAGUCCAGCCACUGGUCAGAGCCAGAGAUGUCAGUAAAUCUGCUAAAUAUGGUUGAUGCUGAAGAGGGACAGUACCAGCUGGGACGCACCAAGGUGUUUCUUAAAGAACUUCUGUACCAGAAGUUGGAAGACAAAUGGAACAGCACUCAGACAUGGGCAGCUGUCACCAUUCAGAGGAACAUCAGGGGCUUCCUCUGCAGAAGAAAUUUCAAGUUUUUCAAACAAAAAGCAAUUGUUCUCCAGAGUCACAUCCGAGGACAUCAGGCGAGGAAGCACUACAAGCGUUUGAGGCAGUCCUUCACCCAGUUUUGGGCUGUGAUGCUAAUUACUAGGAACACAAUUAAGAGGCACCAUUGGAGAAAGGUUAGUGACACAAAAGAAAACAAAGUUAAAACAGCUAAAAAGACUAAACUCAUCUCAUCAGGGAUGGAUGUAGGGAUGUUAGAGAUACCUGCUGAGCUGUUCGCCAGACUCCGCAGUGCAGCAGGGGGCCACCAUGGAUCACAGGUUACAGAAGUUGCACCUCCACAGGUGAAGGCAAAACAUAAGCUGAGCCUUCCUCAGGACAUUGACAGAUACCCAUUCUCUCGCUUUGCCAAGUCCACAUUGAAGGAUACAUGGAGCCAGCCUCAGGGAUACCCACUCCAGAGACCUCUCAUGCCUUUGGAACCCGAAUAUUCCAGAGUAGCCUUGGAGAUCAACAAACUGAUCUUGCGAUUUUUAGCUGAAUCAGAUAUUACCAUGUCACAGGAGCAGGUGUUUGGUAACUAUAUAGUGGAGAGAGGCCAAAAACAGGCAGCCUUGAGGGAUGAGAUCCUGGUUCAGUUAGUGUACUACACAAUGGACAAAAAGGAGGAACAGGACAGCUUGAGGGGAUGGCUCCUGCUGGCCUGCUGCCUGAGUGCUUUCACACCUUCACCAACUCUGGACAAAGCCUUGCUAAAGUAUGUAUCUGACCAUGCUCCAGCAGAGUAUCGUUCACUAUGCCAACACAAGCUGCUGACCUCUCUGCAGCUCCCAGGCCCCACUGCCCGCAUCUAUCCACCCACACAACUGGAGUGGACAUCCAAUCAGAGGAAAGGAACAAUGCUUCUGGAAGUAAACACUUUCAAUGAUGAGAUAUUGACAACUGAAGUGGAGUCAUGGACAACAGGAGAGCAGCUGGCCUCUUGGCUUCUUUAUUACAGAGGGGUGACUGAGGCUGUGCAAGGUUGGUCAGUUUCUCUUGCUACAGAUGAAGGGUGGUCAGACCUUGCAGGCUCAGACUUUGUCAUGGAUCUGCUGGCUGGAGCCGAAGCUGAAGUUCCCAUAGCACCAGGGACGCCCUCCUCCAUGCAGUCUGACUACUUAUUUAGCAAUCAAGGAGAGAGAAUUCCAAUGGGUGAUUUUGAUGAUUUCAUCCCACCUGCACCUUCCACUCAAGCUCCUAGACUGCCGCCCUUUGACGGAAACCUUUGGGGACGAGACUAUCCUCAAGAUCGGCGGAGCAGACAGAUGGAGACCUAUGUUGAUGACUUAUUUGACUCUGUGCUAGACCAAGGACCUGCGGAAAUGGAUAGAGUAGCCAUGUUAAACCGCAGGAUGAGAGGAAAAGGGGGGAUUGGACCUAUGCAGCCUGGAAUGUUUGGAGGGAUGCCUAUGACAAUGCCAACCUAUCCCAUGGUUGCACCAGUAAACCCUGCAAUUCCCAGUUACGGUCCAGCUGCCAUGAUGCCAAAUAUGCCAGCUUUAAUGGUGCCUCAGGCUCCCACUAUGAGUGACCCUAUGCAGAUGGCAGCAACUCAGCAAGCUCUCAUCAACCAACAGGCCUUACUCAUGGCCCAGCAGAUGACCUUGCAGGCAAUGACUUUGUCUCAGCAGCAGGCUGAAGAACGGCAGAAGAAGGAACAGCAAGCUAAGAAGGAGAAACAAAGAGAUGAGAGAGAUAGACAGUUUGGACGCCAGUCAUCACGCCGCUCCAGAGAACGCCAGCACUCACCUUCCUCUCGAAGUCCCUCACCCCGACGGUCAAAGCCCAAAGGAUCUGCACAUAAACAAGCUUCCAUGCAAGCUGAGUCUGAGCCAGAAGAAAAUGUGGAGCUGGCAGAGCCAGAUGACCGACAAUCUUUCAGAGAAAAGAGGGAUUUCUUCCAAAAUAUUGGUGGUAAAUCAAAACGGGAAAAAAGAAACUCAAAGCGACAAUCAGCUCCUCCUGAUCCAUCCAGACAAAAUCAGCAGCCACGUCCUUCACCAAGCCCCUCACCCCCACCUCCACCACCAAAGCCUAACGUAAAGUGUCCUCCCAACCCUCCAAAUGAGGAACCAGACCCCCCUAAAGAACCUAGUCCAGUCACAAAGCUCCAGCCUGAACCAACCUCCAACAUCAGGGAAAUCAUUAAACAGUUCAACAGUCGACCACAACCAGAACCCAAGCCUUUUGAGCCUGUCAGAUCUCCUGGUAAAACAUUUAUUAAGAAGAGUGACCCAAAAGAGGAAGCUCUAGCUAAACUCAGAAACAAAGCACCAGUGCCACAACCAAAGAAACAAUGGGCUCCUCCUCCCCCACCUCCUCCUCUAAGGCCGCCUAAUUCUCCCCCAUCCACCAGUGGUCGGAGGGUCAUUUCUAAAAAUAUGAGGCAGAAGCAGCGUCCAUUGGAGGAGCUUUUUGGCUCCCAGCAUCGCCCCCCUCUUCCUCCUGACUCCCCGCCUCCUCCUCCAGAGGAAGCGCCUGUCCUUGUGAACAUCCCAGACCCUCCACCCAUGGCUGCUCCAUCUCUCUACGGGAUGUCAGAUGAUGAAGGAAAUCAAUCCCAGCUUCACCGCUUUUCUGCUGGGGUUUACUUCUCCCACUUCAACAUGCCAGGAAAACUUUUCCUGCGCAAAGAAGUGUUUUAUCCAAGAGAACUCUUCAACAAGCCCUAUGUCCUUAACCUGUUGUGUGAACAGAUCAUGAGAGACACUUACUCUGACAACUGUGUGAGAAUUGAUAGUGAAGAAAGAAGGAAAAUGAAAGACCUUCUUGCAAAUUUCAAUGUGGGAACAAACAUAAGCACCAUUCAGGAUGACAACAUGAAGAAGAGAAUCAUUAUUGCCGCUCGAGAUAACUGGAAGAACUAUUUUAGUCGACUCUACCCUGUGGCGCCACACAAUGGAGAUGCUCAGGUUUUGGGUGUUUCUCAUCGAGGGAUUCGUCUAUUGAAGGUGGUGAAAGCAUCAGGCAUCAAUCCAAAACAUCUCAAACUCCUCAAAAGUUACAGUUUUGCAGAGGUGCUGUCUGUCAACCUUCAGGGAGCAGACAAAGUAAAACUGGAGCUUAAAACGGAAAACUUAGUGCUGCAGUCAACCAAAGCUCCUCAGAUCACUGCCAUGAUUGAAGUUUUCCUCAAGGAACUCAUCAAGGACUCUGGCCACGUGGUUGCUCUAAAGAGUUUUGUGACAGAUGACAAGACGCUUCUGAGCUUCAAUAAGGGGGAUAUCAUCAAACUGCAGAAAAUGGACGGCCUUCAGACUGGUUGGGAGUUUGGGAGCACCGGUGGGCGUUCUGGUCUUUUUCCAUUGGACAUCACCCAGCCAUGUGCAGCUCCAGAUUAUCACUGGCUCCAUCUAGAUCGAAGAGAUGACAGGAGAAAAAGCAUGAGAAAUGUUAAGCCAGUCAAUUCAUUCAAUGGCCCUUCACCAGUCCCCAACAGCAGACAGAUACUCGACAAUCGUUCUGUGCAGUCUAGUCGGGAGGCCAUGAAUCCAUCUUCAGUACAGGCCUUACAACACACACUUGAUCAAAGCUCACAAAAGGGAUCCAACCAAGAACUUGAGAUCUUUUCUGCUAUGGCUGACUUUGCUACCAAGUAUUUUAGAAUGGAGACAACUGGAGUGCCAGUCACUGGAAGAAAUUUUUCAGAAGCAGUUCAGCACACGUUGGUCCCCAUCCAAGAGUCACUCAUUCUAUUCAGCGAUUCUGAAAUCAAUGAUUUGGCUGUUGAGUGCUUCAUAACCCUGAUGCAGUUUAUGGGGGACAUCACACCACAGAAGAACACUACUCAAGCAGAUUGCCUCACUCGUAUCCUGCUGUUAGGGAAGGAAAAGGAAAUUCUUAGAGAUGAAAUCUACUGCCAGGCCAUCAAACAAACAACCAACAACCCCACCAGAUCAAGUUGUACCUUUGGCUGGCGGCUGCUUAGCCUCAUUACUGGCUUCUUCCCUUGCUCUGCGAUUCUCCAUCCCUUUGUCAUGCAGCACCUGCAAGAAAUCUGUCAGGACAACGAACACCCAUACCAAGAGCUGGUAUUUGUGUGUCUGGAUAACCUCCAGCGUUCAAUCAAUUUUGGUGGUCGACGAAACGUUCCCUCACAUGUUGAGAUGGAGGCUCUUCUAACUGGCAAAACUUCUCAACGCAUUCCUAUCCAGUUGCCAGGAGGAGUAGAGUUUCCUGUCAAGAUUCGCAGCUUCACUGUGACAGCAGAUGUUGUGACAGAGUUGUGUGAAAAUAUGGAAAUCGUAGAGUUUACAGAGGUCAAGGAGUUUUCCCUCAUCGCCACCAGAUUUCAAGAUGGGAUGGUGCGCCCUCUACAUCCUGAGGAUUACUUGUUUGAUUUCUUACUGGAUGAUGGCUCCAUCUCCUUGUCAUUCAGGAGAGUCCUCUGGGAAAAACCCCUUUCCUUCAGGAAUGAACUCUUUGUGGACUUUCACUAUCAGCAGCUUUUAGAGGAAUAUCUUCAUGGCAAGAUAAUCAUUCCUCAUUAUGCUGGUGGAACCUCAUCACUUCAACAGAUUGCCGAAUUGGCAACCCUGCAACAUUUAGCUCAGGGUUUGAAGAGCCAGCUGUCACUGCCAGAGCUAAAGGAGUACUUGCCCUUACAAGAUGGACUUGCCAGUAAAGCUGAAGAAAUCCAGUUGCUCUGCCAUAAUCAGCUAGCUACCAUGCAGUCCCUCAGUCCUGGAGAUGCCAAAAUUCAGUUUAUUGAGUCUCUGAGGAACCUCCCUUUGUUUGGCUCUAAUACCUUCUUGGCAAAAAAGGUUAGCCAAAAUGGCUGUCCUUCCCCCUGCUUAAUCAGUGUGAACCAGGAAGGAGUUCGUUUCCUUCAUCCUAAAACUCAGGUCCUAGUGUUUCAGAUUGCCCUGGCACAAGUCCAGGCUAUGCGCACAAUCCGCCCAAAGAAAGCAGGCAAAGUUCCAGGAGUGGAGAUUCAGUAUGGCAAUGCUGUCAAACCCCAAAAAAUCCUGAUUCAUCUCCAUCAGGCUAAAGAAUUGUGCCACAUCCUUGCUUUGACAAUGGAAAUGCUGAUUCAAUCAUCAGUCACCAGUUCAGAAUCAAAUUUCCAGUAGAAAUCAUGUUCCAACUGCUGACUUGCCUGUUUUUUUCUUCUUCUUUUUAGUAAAUUAUUUUGGAGUAAUUUAUUGUACAAUGUUUUCAGUGCACAAACAAGCUUA